AAUUUAUUAACUGGUUUAAGUAUUUACAUGGUGUAUAGUUUUGUGAGAGUAUACAUAUAUAUAUUAUGCUCACAGAAAACAAGGCCAACCAGAGGCAGCCACUUAGAGGUUUGGAAAGAAACAGCUAAUUCAUUGAGUGCCCUUUUCUGAGGCCUGUGAGGUUCAAUGGCUUCAGUUAGUGCAGUCAAAUUCUUGCUCUGUCUAGUUUUAUGGCUCUUCAUCUCUCCAACUUCUUGUCAAGUGAAUGCAGGUAAGAAGAACAAGUUGAAUCAAAAUGUGUAUCCUUUCAUCAAAAGGGCAAGCUCAUUCUCAUCAUCUUCGUCAUCGAUUUCAACAAGGAACAAUGACGGGUAUGAUUAUAUCAUAGUCGGAGGUGGAGCUGCAGGGUGCCCUUUGGCUGCAACUCUAUCACAGAAAUUCAGAGUUUUGGUGCUGGAAAGAGGCGGGGUGCCGUUUAACAAUCCAAAUGUGUCGUUUAUGGAGAAUUUUCACAUUACCUUGGCGGACACUUCUGCAACUUCACCUUCUCAGUACUUCGUUUCAACUGACGGAGUCCUCAAUGCAAGAGCUAGGGUUCUCGGUGGUGGAACCUCCAUUAAUGCCGGUUUCUACACCAGAGCAAGCUCCAGAUUUAUAGAGAAAGUGGGUUGGGAUGCGAAGGUGGUGAACGAGUCGUACCCAUGGGUUGAGAAGCAAAUCGUGUAUCGUCCAAAGAUCGCAACUUGGCAGCGAGCUGUUAAAGAUGGCCUUCUAGACGUGGGUGUUUCUCCUUUCAAUGGCUUCACCUUCGAUCAUGUCCAUGGCACCAAGGUCGGCGGUACCAUCUUCGACCGUUUUGGCCGCCGCCACUCUGCCGCCGAACUUCUUGCUUCCGCAAACCCUCGAAAAAUCUCUGUUCUCAUCCAUGCCACUGUCCACAAAAUUGUCUUUGACACAAGAGGAAGAAGGCCAAAAGCUGUGGGGGUAAUUUUCACAGACGAGAAUGGGAAGCAGCAUGAAGCAUUUCUGAGGAAGAAUAUGCAGAGUGAAGUGAUAGUGUCAUGUGGGGCUAUUGGGACGCCUCAAUUACUGAUGCUGAGUGGGAUUGGUCCUAAAGAAGAACUUGAAAGAUUGAAUAUUACUGUGGUGCUUGACAACCCAUAUGUUGGGAAGGGCAUGACUGAUAACCCCUUGAACACCAUUUUUGUGCCUUCUAAAAGGCCAGUGAGGCAGUCUCUGAUAGAAAUAGUUGGUGUCACCAAUAUGGGAGUGUACAUCGAGGCUAGCAGUGGCUUUGGUCAGUCUGACGAUAGCAUCCACUGUCACCAUGGUAUCUUGUCUGCUGAGAUUGGGCAGCUCUCCACAAUUCCUCCUCAUAAGAGAUCACCAGAAAUUGUUCAAGAAUACGUCAAAAGCAAGCGGGAAAUACCAGUUGAAGCAUUCAGGGGAGGCUUCAUCUUAUCAAAAGUAGCGAGUCCUUGGUCAACUGGUGAGCUCAAGCUGAUCAACACCAAUGUAGAAGACAACCCGUCUGUGACCUUCAACUACUUCAACCAUCCAUAUGAUGUUCAGCGUUGUGUUGAGGGCAUUCGAAUAGCAACUAAGGUUGUACACUCGGAUCGAUUCACGAACUACACUUUGUGUGACAAAGAAAGCACUGAGACACUUCUUAACCUCACUGUGAAGGCUAAUGUCAACCUGGUACCCAAGCAUGUCAAUGACACAAAGUCACUAGAGCAGUUCUGCAGAGACACUGUGAUCACUAUUUGGCAUUACCAUGGUGGGUGCCAUGUGGGGAAGGUGGUUAGCCCUGAUUAUAAGGUUCUUCGUGUUGAUAGACUCCGUGUGGUGGAUGGCUCAACGUUUACUGAGUCACCAGGGACUAACCCUCAGGCCACUGUGAUGAUGAUGGGCAGGUACGUGGGACUGAAGACUUUAAGAGAUAGGUUGGGGAAGUCGGGUGGUAUAUAAGGAAGGAAAGGUGAAUUAUGAAGACAAAAGGAGCAGUGUUAGCAAUAGGAUUGAAAAUUAAUAUAGCCUAUUUGUUGUAAUUGUCACUGAAAAUAGAUUAAUAGUAAAAUCUUGGUUUCUUGAGGAAGAAAAGCUUGCUGUAAGGGCAACUUUCGCCUGUUUCUAAAAUAACCUCUUUGGGUGUUCCUUUUUUUUUGGUGUUAUGAAGCAGAAGUUGCUAAAAGUGUAAAAUUUUGUCUGUGUUGAACUUAUUUUGAAACCUUUGCAAAUUCAGGGGAUCCAGUAAUUAGCAGUUCUUUUAACUUCUCGUUCAAUCA